GGGCGGGUGGAUGUAUGCGCACCCAGAAAUUUCGGCACGAUCAACGGUCCAACUGAUCAGCCCAGAUUGAAGUUGACAAGUUUCCUUUUCUUCAGAUGGGAGUCAAACACGGUUCGAGUUUCAUCGUACGAGGGCUUAGUAAACGAUUAACGACUUGUCGAUGUCCGCCUCUCAGCUUCCCUCCUCGUCGAAUACCUAUUACCCACCGGUGCUUCUCCCGCAACAAUGCUUCAUUUGCACACGAGUCACACGAGCUCGACACCCGCCGCGAAGACUAUGCCUGGUCAUCAGGAAUUUCAAACAAUUGGGAUGUCGUUGUUCUGGGUGGUGGUCAUGCAGGCGUUGAGGCUGCUUCGGCAGCUGCUCGGACAAAUUCUCGAACAUUGCUCGUCACUAGCAACUGGAGCACAGUAGGAGAGAUGAGCUGUAACCCGAGUUUUGGCGGGAUCGGCAAAGGCACCCUGAUUCGUGAAAUCGAUGCACUAGGUGGCGUCUGUGCGCAAGCUUGUGAUGAGGCCGGGAUCGUGUUCCAAAUGCUCAAUCGCUCAAAAGGCCCAGCAGUGUAUGGUCCAAGGGCUCAGAUGGACCGAGGAUUAUACAAAGAGGCUAUCCAACGCCAAAUCAAAUCUCAACUCAACCUGGAGGUCAAAGAAGGCACUGUGACUGACUUGCUGCUCGAGGAUGAUCCAACUCAACCCGGUAUUACUUCUUCGCGCCGAGUCGCUGGGUUGAAACUUGAGAGCGGCGAGACCUUGAACUGUAAAGCAUUAGUGAUUGCAACUGGGACCUUCCUGGGAGGAGAGAUACACAUCGGUCGGAAGACUUCGGCAUUUGGAAGGAUUGGAGAACGCUCGUCAACUUCAUUAUCAAACUCACUCAAAAAUUCUGGGUUCAAGCUAGCCCGAAUGAAAACUGGCACGCCUCCACGAAUUUCGAAAUCGAGCAUACACUUUGAUAACUUGAUGGUUCAACAGGGAGACGUACCGCCAAAGCCUUUCUCCUUCACAAAUCGCACCGUCAAACACGCCAAUCAACAGCUAUGUUGCUGGAAAACUCAUACCACCAAAGCUACCCACGAGAUUGUCCAGGAAAACUUACAUCUCAGCUCGUACGUCCGAGAAGAGGUCCACGGCCCGCGCUACUGCCCAUCACUUGAGGCCAAGGUCACUAGGUUCUCCCAUCGAGACUCUCAUAUGAUUUGGCUAGAGCCUGAAGGUUUUCAUUCCGACUUGAUUUAUCCCAAUGGGAUCUCGACAACCAUGCCUGAGGAUGCCCAGCUCAAAAUGAUGAGAACGAUUCCUGGCCUGGAAAAGGUAGAGAUGGUACAACCGGGAUAUGGCGUUGAAUAUGAUCACAUAGAUCCGAGAGAAUUAAAGAAUACAUUAGAGACGAAAGCAAUCCAAGGAUUAUUUUUGGCCGGUCAGAUCAAUGGUACAACAGGAUAUGAAGAAGCCGCCGCACAAGGAGUACUUGCUGGGAUUAAUGCGGGCCUGAAAUCCCGCAAUGCCCUUCCCCUGAUCCUAACCCGUGCAGAUUCGUUCAUCGGUGUACUCGUUGAUGAUCUUACGAGCAAAGGAGUCCAAGAACCUUACCGAAUGUUUACUAGUCGGAGCGAAUUCAGAGUAGCUUUGAGGGUCGAUAAUGCCGAUUUGCGUCUGACUGAAAAGGCCCGACGAUGUGGCGUGAUCGAUGAUAGGAGAUGGAACAUUCUCCAGGAUACCGAAUCGAAAAUCGAUCGGUUGAUUUUGGCGCUCCAAAGCAUUUCAUUACCUCAACAGACUUGGGCUCGGCACGGGAUCAAGGUUCGCGAAGAUGCUGUUCAAAAAACUGCCUUCGAUGUAUUAAGGGUCCAAGGUGUCAAAAUGGAGUUAUUGAAACCAAUUAUACCUGAAAUAGACGCCAUCGAGGAGGAAAUCUGGAGAAGAGUGGAAGUAGAAGCACUCUAUCGGCCAAUAAUCAAACGAUACGAGCAAAAUGUGAAAUACUUGAUAGAAGAUGAAAACAUGAUCCUGCCGUCCUCAAUCAACUAUUCCGAAUUGGAAUAUCUUAGUUCAGAAGCCAGACAAAAACUGACUGAAUCCAGGCCACUGACACUUGGUGUUGCUCAGCGUCUACAGGGUAUCGAUCCGGGUGAAUUGAUCCUGUUAAGGAAACAUUUGAGGAAUUCGGCUUGAAUGGGGUCCUAUCCUGCUCGUUCCAUUCGUUCCAUCUUGUGCUUCAUCUUUCAGACUCCUAAUUUCAGCUUUCUUUUUGUUUGUCUUUGUAAGCAACUGGCAAAGGUUGGUGUUAUUUUCCACAAGUUGGCAUAAUAUUCAACCCCCUCCCCUUAACUCUGUUCCUACAGACUCACUUACACCGUACCACUUUUUAUAGUGCCAUAUCCACAAAGCUGCAUAUAAGAUAACCAACAUGCCUGUGGACGGAAUUGAUGCUCUGAUUAUACAUGUAUAGUUCAUGACGCAAACCAGAGUGUUUUCUCAACUCG